AUGGGUUCCCUCAACGGAACGAAGAACGUCGUUCUUCCUACGCAAAAUGCUCAGGUCGUUGUGCUGUCACCCAACAAGCAGCUGCUGUGUGCCAUGACAGUGCUGAGAGACCAAGAAACUGAAACGCCUGCAUUCGUAUCAGCAUUUCAGCUAGUGGCUCAUCAGCUCAUGACUGCAGCCCUCGACUUGGUUCCCACCGAAAGCCUGGUCGUCAUUACGCCGACCAAAAGUGUUUACCGUGGAAUGAGGCCGACGCGACGGGUGUGCGGAAUCAGCAUUCUUCGCGCAGGAGCGAGCAUGGAAGACUCGCUUCGGCAGUCGUAUAGCGGACCGCUCAGCUUUGGCAAGAUCUUGAUCCAGCGCGAUGAGGAGACGUGUCUGCCAACUCAUCUCUACUCCAAAUUCCCCAAGGACAUAGCCAAUCGAUUUGUUCUGAUAUUGGAGCCAAUGCUAGCCACUGGAGGCUCGGCGAGCAAGGCAAUCGACCUGAUCCUUGAAGCGGGAGUUCCAGAACAAGACAUCGUCUUUGUCAACGUCAUGGCGUCUCGAAAAGGCAUCGAAGUCCUCACUCGGCAGUUUCCCAGAUUAAAAAUCGUCACCGCCGCCGUGGACGAUGAUCUUACAGCAUCUGGGCAUAUCGCUCCUGGGUUAGGGGAUUUUGGAGACCGAUAUUAUGGAACAGCAGACUGA